AUGUCCACCAAGUGUUCAUUUGGUUUCUACAAAAACUAUGAAUUACAAAUUGUUAUAUUACCUACCACAUUCAGUAAGCUCGAAGUAGUAAUUAUUUUGCCGAUAAAGCGUUUCGGUUUACCUCAUCUUUUGCAAGCAAUAUCAGGAAAAGAUAUAAUAAAUUUAUUGCAUAGAACACGACUAAAAGUCUUGGAGGUAGAAGUACCGAAAUUCGAAAUCAAGCGAAAAAUUCACAAGCAAGAUGUAUUAGACGAAAUGGGCAUCGAAAGUAAUUACUCGAAAAAUUCAGACUUCUUCGAUUAUUUUUUUCAUCCUAUUUCUACUGGAGUGAUUGACCUCACGCAAACCAUAAGUAUUGGUACGCAUGAAGGACCUCCGCAUUACGAUUAUCUCAGUUAUUUUUACUUAUCCGUAAAUAUCUAUAAAUUUACUGCUGACCAACCAUUUCUUUUUGCACUUAUUGAGGAUCGAAAGAAAAUUUGGUUUGCUGGUCAAUUUUCUUAA